UGGAAGUCCAAUUAUUGCUAAUGGCGGGUAUUGUACAAAACACGCAGAUUUUACGCUAUUGUUUGUUAUCCGGCUGUGUUGUUCUGCUGUAGCGAUUUUCAAAUUAUUGUCGCUUAUUUUCUGACCUAUUUUCGAGUACAAAGACAACGUCGGAGCCAAACAACAGCGCCAGAGGCGUUUGCUACUGUUAUCUGUAUUAUCAUCAUGUGUGGUAACUAAAGUGUCAAAGUGAAACAGGACAGGAAGACGGCGUGCAUUUGAGUUGAGCAUUAGCUAAACUGCUGGCUAUGCUAACUCACAGAAACGUCUGUUAUACUGCUCCGAUAUCAACCCUAACUUUUAAAAUAUUAAACUAGAUGAGACAAAAAAAGUUAGGCUCGUAAAUAGACUCUAUAUCCCAUUCAUUCGACCCUUCCCUUGGCUCAUAAUAAAUCUGCGGAGUCGGAAAUGAGUCUGGUAAAAUUUUUAGUGUUAUUUUUUAUAACCGUCACGCGGGUCUACGGUUCGUCGAAAUUAAAUAUCCCCAAAGUUUUGCUACCACUUGCGAGAAGUACAAAAAUUAACUUCACACUGGAAACGACUGAAGGCUGCUACAGAUGGUCUUCCACUAGACCUGAGGUUGCAAGCAUCCAGCCUGUGGAAGAGGAUGCUGACAGAGGCUGCUCCCGGAAGGCUGUCCUGCAGGCUCUGUCCACCCAGCCCACCAGACUGACCAGCAUCAUUUUUGCUGAAGAUGUUGUCUCUGGACAGGUGCUCCGCUGCGACGCCAUCGUUGACAUCAUCAGUGAGAUCCAGAUCGUCUCCACCACCAGAGAGCUGCAUCUUGAAGACUCUCCACUGGCGCUCAGAAUUCAUGCACUGGACUCAGAAGGAAAUACCUUCUCUACCCUUGCCGGUUUGGUGUUUGACUGGACCUUAGUGAAAGAUGUAGAUGUAAAUGGAUUCACAGACUCCUACAAUUCAUUACGGGUGCUUAAAUUCUCAGAGUCCACAUACACUCCUCCUGGAUACAUAUCUGAAAUGGAGCGAGUGGGCAAACAAGGUGACAUCAUUCUGGUGUCAGGACUGAAAACAGGACAUGCUAAGUUAAAGGCCAAAAUACAAGAGUCUCUGUAUAAGGAUGUGGGUGCUGCUGAAGUGAGACUGCUGAUUUUAGAGAACAUCCUGCUGAGCCCUGCACACGAUGUCUACUUAAUGGCAGGAGCUUCCAUCAGAUACAGAGUCCUCAAGAUAAGACAAGGCACUAUCACAGAGGUCACAAUGCCUUGUGAUCAGUAUGAACUACACCUUAGAAACAGUGUGGUAGAUCCCAAUGGAGACGCAGGAGUCAGUGUGGCCUCUCUUGAUCAGAGCACCUCUAAAGUUACAGGAGUUCAAAUGGGACACAUCAAUGUGGUGUUGGAUCACAAGAGCCUUCGAAUGCAAGGAGUGUCUCGCCUCCCCAACAGCACGCUCUACGUUGUUGAGCCAGCCUACCUCGGUUUUAAAAUUCAUCCAGGAGAAAGCUGGGUUCUUGAAACAGGCAGAGUGUACGACAUUCUUAUCGAAGUGUUUGAUAAGUCUGGGAACAAAAUUUACCUCUCUGACAAUGUCCGUAUAAGCACUGUUUUUCCUAAAGAGUAUUUUGAGGUCCUGGAUUCUUCUGUGAAUGGAUCAUAUCAUCAUGUCAGACCUCUCAAAGAUGGUCUCACUCUUAUUGAUGCUACCCUAACAGCUGUUGAAGAUGAAAAUGGAAAGGUCCAUGCACUCGUCAACCCGGUGCACAAUGAACAGGAUGUGGAAAUUUAUAACCCUAUAGUCCUCACUCCCAGUAUUCUCACGUUUCCAUGGCAACCAAAAGUUGGAGCAUAUCAGUACACAAUAAAGGCAACUGGUGGAAGUGGAAAUUUCACCUGGACUUCAUCAAAUACAGAUGUGGCCACAGUGACUGUGAAAGGAGUGAUGACCACAGUCCGUGACAUUGGUGUCACUGCAAUUUAUGCUCAUGAUCUACGUAACCCACAUCACUUCGGACAGAUGAAGGUAUAUGUUGUUGAGCCUGUUGCCAUGGACUUUGCUCCAUGUCCAGUAGAAGCCCGCCUGGGCCAAGAUCUGGAACUGCCCCUUCGGAUCUUUGGUUUGCUGGAGGAGUUGGAGAUGGAGCGAGUCAUGUUGAGCGACUGCUCCCACUUUGAUCUGCUGGUCGAGGAGGAGAACCAAGGAGUGUUUGAAGUGUUAGACGGGAAGCUGGCUCCUGGCCAGAAGCACUGCAGUGGAGUGCAAGCCAAGGCCCUGACUCCUGGCUACACGAUGCUUACUGUCAGCUACACUCAUGGCAAUGUGCAUCUCAGUGCCAAGAUCACUGUUGCUGCCUACCUCCCUCUCAGAGCGGUUGACCCUGUGUCGGUGGCUGUAGUCACACUUGGAUCUUCCAAAGACAUGUUGUUUGAGGGAGGACCACGUCCUUGGGUUUUAGAGCCCUCAAAGUUUUUCUGUUCUUCACGAGCCGAGGAUGAGAGCAGCGUGAGCCUCGAUCUGAUUACUCCUUCCUGUCAGAACUGUAAUCGUCACUGGCUUAGAGCAACCUGCAGGGUGCUGGGAGAACAGGUGUUAGAGAUUACGGUGGGGAACAAGGCCACUGUGACCAAUCCAUUUCCAGCUGUGGAGCCGGCAGUGGUCAAGUUUGUUUGUGCGCUUCCAUCACGGCUCACACUGGUUCCAGUUUAUACCAGUCCACAGCUGGACUUAGCCUGCCCUCUGAUGCAGCAGAAUAAACAAGUGGUGCCUGUUUCAAAUUAUCGGAACCCGGUGUUGGACUUGGCAGCUUUUGAUCAGCAAGGAAGGAAAUUCGACAACUUUAGCUCUUUAGACAUUUUGUGGGAGUCAUCAAAGGAGUCCCUGGCUAGUAUUGAGCCCACUAUGCCCAUGGACCUUCAACUGUUUGAAGACAGCAAAAAACAGAUGAAACUACAUGGACGUCAGACAGUUCUUGUCCAUCAACAGACAGGAAUUGCUGCCAUUACUGUGACAGCUGUUGGAUACCAGGUUCCACAUCUAAAAGUUGCCAAAGUUCCAAGUCCUUAUGAACCUUUGACAUCUGUCUCUGCCACACUGGAGCUUCUGUUGGUUGAAGAUGUGAAGGUUUUUCCUGAGAGAGUGACUAUUUAUAACCACCCAGAUGUGCGGUUGGAUCUGACUAUGCAAGAAGGUUCAGGGCACUUUUUUAUGAACACCAGCAUGAAGGGGAUUGUGGAUGUCGUGCUCCAAGAGGCACAAGGCGAAGCUUGGGUUUCUCCAGUCCAUACAGGGACAGUUUCGGUGAUGGUUCACGAUCUUUGUCUGGCUUUUCCAGCACCUGCCAAAUCAGUAGUUCAUGUUUCUGACAUCCUGGAGGUUAAUGUCAGAGUAGUUGACAAGGUGCAGAUUGGCAAAUUUGUUAAAGCUUAUGUCAGAGUGUUGGAUGAUAACAGGAAGCCCUUCUCAGCCAGCUAUUUCCAGUCCAUGAAAUUGAAACUCAAGGCAGCCUCUGUAAUAGUGUCUCUGACUCCUUUAGCAGAGCUGACAGAAAGUGACACGGCAGUGUUUCGGGUGAAAGGACUCUCCAUUGGUCAGACCACCUUGUCAGCUGUUGUUGUGGAUAAAAACGGGAGAAAAAUAGCCUCAGCACCACAGCAAAUUGAGGUGUUUCCGCCUUUCAAGCUUAUUCCCAGGAAAAUGACUCUGUUAAUUGGGGCAAUGAUGCAGAUCACAUCUGAGGGUGGUCCUCAACCCCAAUCCAACAUCCUGUUUUCCAUAUCUGAUGAGGAAAUAGCUUCUGUUAAUAGGACAGAUCUCAGGAUUCAGCUGUGUGUGGAUUUCUUACCUUUAACUUUAAACAAAUUUUUCUUUGACUUGUAGGAUCAAGUAGAGGUAGAAGUUGUUAUUCUGUCGGCCAUUCGAAUCAGAGCACCAGUUACAAGAAUAAAGACUGGAGCACAGAUGCCAGUAUACGUAAUGGGGCUGACCAAUAGCCAGACGCCUUUCUCCUUUGGCAGUGUUGUGCCUAGUCUCAUUUUUUCUUGGUCUACCACUAAGAGAGACAUUCUGGAUGUCCACUCCAGGCACACUGAGGCUAAUGUUGAACUUCAGUCGGAGCAUAAUUUUGGCAUGACAGUGACAGGGAGAACAAGAGGCCGGACUGGGCUGAAGGUGGUUCUCAGAGUUUCUGACUCAAAUGCUCAGCAGCUAGAGGGAAAUGUUCUGGAGCUCAGAGAUGAGAUCCAGAUCCAGGUCUAUGACAAGCUACACGUGAUUCAUCCUCAAGUAGAAGCUGAGGAGAUCCUGAUGGCUCCAAACUCUGCCCUCAAGCUCCAAACUAACAGGGAUGGUGUGGGUGUGCUCUCCUACCGGAUGCUGGAUUGCCCUGACCAGCUUGUUGUUGCUCAAGUUGACAAUAAGGGCCUCCUCUCAUCUGGUUCUCUCACUGGGAUGUGUUCUCUACUGGUCACCUCACAGGAGAUUUUCGGUGUCAAUCAAACUCUCAUCCUCACUGUGAAGGUGGUUCCUGUGUCCUACGUCCGCUUCAGUGCCAGUCCGGUGCUGAACACUCUCACUAGAGAGGGCCCGAGUGCCUUUCCUCUGGGAAUCCUGCUCACCUUCACUGUCCACUUUCAUGCUAGCACUGGAGAGGCCAUGCACAGCUCAAACUCCCAGCUUACAUUUUCUACAAACAGGGAUGAUCUGGUCCAGCUGGGAGUCGGCCCCACUAACCACUCAGUGACAGUGAGAACAGUCAAUGUAGGUCUCACACUUCUGGCACUGUGGGAUAAUGAAAACAUGGGCGUGGCGGACUACGUUCCACUUCCUGUUGAUCAUGCUAUCUAUAUGGAUUAUGCCAAUAAGCUGGUUGUGGGUGAUGUGGUCUGCUUCCAAGCCAAGCUAACAAACCCAGAUGGAGCUCCUGGCACAUGGAGUUCCUCUGCAGACGGUGUUCUCCAGGUGGACCCUAAAAGCGGGGCAGCUGUAGCCAGAGACUCUGGCGUAGUGACUGUGUUCUACGAGAUAUCUGGUGUUCUGAAAACCUACAGAGAGGUAAUUGUGGAAGCGCCUACUACAACAGCUGCUAUGGCUCAACCUUCACCUGUCAGGUCUGGAAAGGAGACAAAAGUUCUUCUUACUACCAGAGAGAGAGGAACCAACCUCAUCGGAACCUGUUCGCCUAUCCAGAUAGCAGCUAUUGCAAAGCUUGAGCCAGAGAAAUCUGUCAGCUGCCUUCUCAGCUUCACCAGCGACACUAUCGACUUCUCUCCCAACGACGUGUUCAAAACACACACGGGCUUUGACUCCAGUAUUGGUCUCUAUACUUGCACAAUGACCCUGCAGCCCACGACUAAUCAACAGACCCGUGUGCUUAGUGUUUCCAUGACCAAUCUGCUGGUGAAGGCUGGCCUAGUUGGCAGCGUUUUCACCGGAGAGCAGGUCAGCAACCAGCUGACCAUCGAGCCGGGGCUUUACUCGGACCAGACCGAGCUGCUGCUCUCCAACAUGCACCCGUCUGCUGAGUUCACAGUUUACGGCCCCCCCGCUGUUCUGUCCACCAUCGAGGUGACGUCCACUUCUCCCAGUCUUUCCAUCUACGAGAAGGAGGUUCAGCAAGGAUUCCCCAGUUAUACGAAGUACAUCGUUAACGCUGUGGACCCCCAUUCAGCAGUUUCAGCUUCUGUCGACAUAAGCAGUGCUUCUUCUGGCCAGAGUUUGGUCAUCCCUGUCAGUUUUAUUCAUGUUAAUGAUCCCAACGCUGCCAAGCAAGCGGCUCCUCCUACUUUCAUAGAGGAUAACAACUCCUUCCACAGCUUCAUAAACUGCUACCAGAUGAUGUUCUGCACCUUGUUCGCUCUGCUGGCGGGCACAGCUAUCAUCAUCAUUGUCCUGCACUCUUUGUUGUCUCCAAAGGAGCAGUCGUAUCACCCGGCUUUCAUCCAGAGAACACCGCCACCCCUCACUGGUCUCGACUCGCCCGUAGCAAAUUCUUUCAACCGCAUGACGCCGAGAGUUAGUCCAAACAGCACGUACAGAUCGCAGCUCUAUUCUCCAGAUUACAAGUCCUGAUUGGGCGCCGUGCUUGCGUCCUCUGUUCUUCGACACGACACGUCGGGUCAUUAAUAUAUGAAGAAUGUGCCUCUAACCCUCAGCAGGAAAGCUGUGGGAUGCUGCAGAAUAUCUGCCUUCAAAUGUUGGUACAGAAACUUAAAAAAAAAAAGAAGAUAUCAUUUAAAAUUAAUGCAGAAUGAUUGCAAGGCUCUGUCUUUUUCUUGGUAUGUUUUCUGUUAAGUGUGAUGUGGUGUUUGAAUACGAAGAGCGGGUGGUGUAGAAAUGAUACACACCGUGCUGUUCUGUUGUGUUUCGCCUCUUCAUUAAUGACUGAUGUAUUUGCAAAAUGCUUGAACACCAAAUUAUUUGUUUGAGCCUGAAAAGAUGUCUAUUUUGUUUGGUGUUAACUUGUGUGCCGCUUAUAUUUGACACGUGAAGGUCAAUAACUCAGGAAAACAACCCUAUCCAUUUUCGAGUAGCAAGCUAACUUAAUAUUUUUCUAGAACAACACGACCUCUGUUGGUUGUAGCUUUGAUAACCGUCGUUCACUGAAUCCAUCCUGAAAGGUGCCGAACCCUCCAAAUGUGUUGAACACCAACUAAGUUGGUCUAAUUUCUAUCUUGGGCAUUUUUUAAUUAUUAAUUUACUGUUCUAAGGUUUGAGCCAAAAUAAAUGCAGUUUCUUUUUUUUUUCUUUUUUUAAAUGUGAAACAGUUGCAAAUGUGAAGCAUCAUUCAUUUUAUCUGCAGUAGAUGUGUCUUUAUGAAAGCACUCAAAUGUGAUAUGGCCUCAUGUUGGAAAAAAAAAUAAGUUUUUUUUGUUUGUUUUUUUUCCCCAGCAUUUCAAGAAUGGCUUACGGCACUGUAGAAAUGCUGAUUCAUUAAAGUGUGACUUGGUUUUUAUGUGAUAUAUUGUGGCAUUUGAUUAUUAUUGGCAAAAGACUAUAUUUAUGUUUUCUUGUGUCUGAUUGAUGUUAUGCCUUACAUUUAACUCUGAACAGCUUUUUGGCACAUGAUUGAAAUGAGCUUGUUUGCUUGUGUGAGAAUGUGCUUGUUUUUGCUAAUUAAAGAUUUUACUUUUUA